UGCCGCGUGGACCAGGAUUAUUUUGGCGAGGAUAUCUCUAGCGGUCUCUCCUCCUCCCUGCAUCCGCCGUUGUCCUCAACAGGGGAUACACGGACUCAUUCAGACGGGGACUAUUUGUCUGGAGCGACGUUGUAAACACACAAAAUGCACAUCGCUGCAUCCCGGUUGAAGCCUUCAAUCAGCAAUGCCUGGGAAUCCUCCAACAUCUCUUCCCUGCUGUUCUCUGAGAAUGGGAUCGUAGUAAAGCUCUCUGGGAUUUAGAUCAACUGCUAGCAUGUUUGCAGCCUUCCACCAGAACAGGUGACAGCCUGUUGGAAACAUUACCUCAUUGGAGUGAGCGUCCAAGAUGGGUCCUCUCCCUCUCCCUCUGCAUGGCUCUCCUCUGGCUUCCAGAGGCGGCGGCAUCUACUCUAAACUGCCAUAAGACAUGCAUCUGCGCCUCAAACAUAGUGAGCUGCUCCAAGAUGAAUCUGACCACCGUCCCGACUGGUCUACCGCUCUACACUGCUGUGCUGGAUCUCAGCUACAAUGAGAUAGAGCGGCUGCGAUCUGACUGGACCCCGGGCAAGCUCCCAAAGCUCCAUAACCUCCUCCUCAGCCAUAAUGGUCUCAACUUCCUGUCAAUAGAGGCAUUCCUCUAUGUGAAGCCCCUGCGUUACUUGGACCUGUCCUCCAACAACUUGGAACUGCUUGACGAGUUCAUCUUUGAGCCUUUGGUCAACCUGGAGGUCCUCUUGCUGUACAAUAACCACAUUUCCCAGAUUAACCGCGCAGCUUUUAUUGGCAUGAUCAACCUUCAGAAGCUCUACCUUAGUCAGAAUCAAAUCUCCCGCUUCCCCGAUGAGCUGGUCAAGGAAAAGUCCCGCCUGGAGAAAAUUAGUCUGCUGGAUGUGUCCUCCAACAAGAUCAAGAUAUUACCCAUUGAUGAGCUCCAGGUGUUGCCUGGUUGGAUAAGAAAUGGCCUUUACUUCCACAAUAACCCUCUGCUGUGUCACUGUGAUCUCUACACACUUCUCGCCCAUUGGUACAUUCGUAAGCUCAACUCCGCGGUGGACUUCAAAGAUGACUACACGUGUAUUAUGCCUGGCCCGCAAAAAAACAAAGUGGGUGUUUUUGGUCUCAGCGGUGACAACAUGAACUGCAGCACAUUCAAGGAGGAAGAUGAAGAGGCUUUUCUGGAGCAGAGGCUGAUCCUCGGCUGUGACACUAAACACAGAAACAUGUUAAAGACCUGGAUGAUGCCUGGGAAUGUGGUGGUGACGCCAGGAAGCAACCAGACAGCCAGAGUCUUGCCAGAUGGCAGACUGCAGAUUAAUCCGGUGAGGACUGAGGACUCUGGGACAUACACUUGCUUUGCGACCAGCGAGGCUUUCAAUGAGACGAUGUACGUGGUGCUGAAGGUUCACAACUUCACCAUGAACGAGGCUGGAGAGACCCUGAACACAGCAUACACCACCUUGGUGGGCUGUCUGUCUAGUGUGGUACUGGUGCUCAUGUAUCUUUACCUGACGCCGUGUCGCUGCUUCUGCUGUCCCAAUAAAGGUAAGGCUCGGGGUGAGGACAGCAUCCACUCGUCCAUGCUUAGCGUGACACCGACUCAUGAGGACCCAGCGCUAAAGGCCAAUCUAAACAGGCACGUGGCGUUCAUAGACUCCAAGAACUUACAGGGCCAGAACGGCAAGCUGAAUCCCAAUGGGGAUGAGGAUGACGAUGAUCUGGAUGCAGAGGCUGGUUCUCUUAUGAAGGGAAAGAGGAAGAAGUCAGUAGCAGAGUCCAUCAGCUCCGUCUUCUCAGACACUCCCAUGGUGGUCUGAGGUAAAACCGGCAGAGGCGAUGGAUGCCACACGUCUGGACGUAUAUGGUACAACAUGAGCCAUGUUUUAGUUAAUAUUAACUGUGACUGUGACUUUGUAGGAUGAAACGGAGGAAGGACGUUCAUCUGUAGUUGUUGGCAAGUGGAAAGAAGGAUCCCAAAGGGAGUAAAAAAAACAAACUGUCUUUUUGUCGACAAGGACAAUGAGCAGGACUUUUCCAGCAUUUUAAUCUGUAGCACCUAAUAUUCAUACUGUGAAGGAAUGGCAGUGCACAUUGGAAACUACUGAAGUCUUAUGAGAGUAAAAUGUAGAUGAUAUAUUGUCGAUAUCAGCACUCAGGAAGUGAUCCAUUAAACUGCUAAAGUGUGGGAAAUACAUAUGAUACAAUGCGCAGGUUGAAAUUAGAUUGGAAAAAAACGUAGUAUGUAUUUAACCCAUGGCUGGCUCAUAAUUAUAUUUAGGACUAGAAUAGAUUGCCUCUUACCUAAAUUAGAGCUUAGAUACAUUUACCCCUCCUCUAUCAACACAGGGACAGAGACUUAGAUAGACAGGCACCAGGCUAUUAAUAAAUCUGUCAAUAACCUUGAGUCAUCUAUAGAGAAACUGCAUGCCAUAGACCCAUAUUAUAGGUCUCAGGCUGAUCUGUAUAAGUGGGUAAAGAAAAUGUGCAUUCAUCGGACGUUUAGUCAUUUAUAUUGAGAAAGCAGUAGCACAAACAUUAUAUUAAGAGGCCAUUGCAGGUCCUUUCCACUCUAUUUAAUACUCAGAUAUAGUUCUUCAGACUGAUCAUUAUGCGUAUUCAUAGUCAUAUGUGUAGCGAUAUAGGAGAAAGCUAUUGUAAGGGAUCAAUUUACAUAGAGGUAUGGUAUACAAUAGCUAACAAGCUCGAGGCAGAUCAUUGCUUAUAAGUGAUUUGCAUAUAAAAUAGGCUUGGUGUAUUCAUAUCUCAUGAAUUAUGUAGUAGACAUAAUAAGUAUUUGGUCUUGCAUUUUGCUCAGAUGGACAAUUACAAGUGUCACGCUGUUUUGUCCUGUGAUAGGUAGAAAAAACUGUACAUUGUAUAAGCAGGUAAAGAUGCCACAUAAUAAUUCCUCCAGAAGAUUAGGAGUAAUGCUGAUGAGGCUGUACAUUAUUUGACAGGAGAGAGCGGAGUUUAGAGUUUGUAGCUGCUGACAAGGAAAACCUGUUGUAAAACUGGAGACACAUGAUCCUUCAGAAGAUAACUUACAAUUAUAAUUGAAUCUAUUGUGAAUUGAAUUUCCCAGGCGAGUCACCUUGUAUGCUGUGCAUAUUACUUUAACAAGGUUUAAAACAGGUAUUAACAAGAAAGAGUGAUUUCAUUAAACUGUGCGGCGUUUGUGUCAUAAUACAACAAAGCCCGGCGUAAAUGCUAAUUGCAUCUUUUGAUGGGAUGCAGUUUCCCUCCGCUUUCCAUAUCUUUGUCUCUCUGAGCAGGAGGGGAAAGGUGUGUUAUCAUGAGUCACAGCGACACAAAGCCAUUCUCUCUGGCUCCCUGUACACUGACAGCCUCAAUUCAGCCCAGAAUGUGUUUGCUUUGUUUGUGUACCUCUGUCAUUACGAGGCUGCCCUCGCUGAAGUUCAAAAGCAAUCAUUCAACCAGGCAAUGAAUGGGGUGCCCUUUAAGUAGUCUCUAAUUUGGUUAUGAGGAAAACGCCUGGAGCUUUCAUUAAACAUUUUCUCUCCCACACUGAGUCAUAUCAUUUGAAAGUAUAAGAAGUUGGAAAAAAUAAUGUUAGAAAUAAUUGCUCAAUGCUUUUUAGUUUUCCACUUCAACACCACGGCACAAAUGAGAACAGACGGGUAUGUAAAUUCCCAUAUAUCUUACGAAUAAAUGUCAGAAUAGCUCUCAAAUGUUAAGAUGUACAAAUUUCUGAGUGCAAUAGGUUUUUACGCAAAAUUGAUGUUAUAUUCACAGUUGCAGUGUGCAACAUGAGCAGCAUCUUCUGUGUGUGGGUGAGAAAAGGAAAUCACACUUAUCAGAGAGGUGGUGUGUGAAUCACGGCACUCUCGCACACCAGGUGGAAAAAUAUCAAAAAUACCACAAGACGCAAUAAAAUAAAGCCACAUUUAGCACUAGUGCUGACUGGCUGCAAGAAUCUCUCUGGCUUUUAGGGAUCAAACCCCAAAGAGUGGCCCUCAAGCAUUGACAUUUUCCAUCCUGGAAUCAAUAUAAAAACCUGUUGGAUUUCAAGCCACUCAAGGCACCAUGAGAAGCUACUAAAUGCCAAUCACAGAAUCUGAAAAGAGAAACUAAAAUCAUACAGAUAUUACGGCUGUUGAAUAGCACGCAUUGAACUGGCAGACCGUCAUGGAAUAGCCCCGCACAAACCCAAUGUCAAUCGAGUUAAAUCUGCCGUGGCUAAUGUCACUGAGAACACAAGUCGCAGUUCUGUACAGAGAAAAACUAAGUGCUAUUGGAAAGGUACUAACAAAGAGGAGAAGAGUGGCUUUCUCUCCAAAGCAUAUUUGCCUUCCUAUAUAUAUCUAUAUAUACAGUAUAUAUAUAUCUAUAUAUAUAUAUAUAUAUAUAUAUAUAUAUAUAUAUACUGUAUUAAGACUCACUUUUCUGUGUUCAGUAUUGAUUAGUUGUGUACUGCUAUGUUCUACCAGUGUACUGACUGUAUUCUUGUAUAUUCUGAUGUCGUUGAUCAUUUUUGCAUUUUGUCUGUCGCUGUGCUACUGUUAGUUGUUUCAACAUUCAAGUCUGGAUCAUAAAUGUUUAUUUUUUAAGCGGGGUGGGGAUUAGUUUUUUAAUGACAGGAUGUAUUUUACACUUGACUCUGCUAACAAUAUGGUUAAACAGAAAAUAUAUAUUGAACAUGCGUAGGAGGAGUGCCAGUUUUGAAAUUGUUGACACAUCCUAACGGUCAGUGAGUAUGUAGCCGCCAGUUAUUUUCAGUCAGUGUCACAAAGCCAUAGGGAGUUCAAGAAACAGGAGCGCUUUAUCAGAUUGGUGGCUAUGUCAGGUGAUGUACGGAGUUGGAGGCGAGUUCUCAAAUGGAUACUUUAUAACAAUUAAAGCCCGACUUUUCUGUCUAUAAGAAAAGAGAAAGAAUAUUUUUUAUAAAAAGCCAGGAAUGUAGGAAAAUCAAGAGAUCUCUUCACCCACACCAAUGAAUUCCUGAACCACACUGGGUUUUGAAUGGAUUUGAAGACAAAGGGUAAAUAAAUCUUCUCAGGACUAUUUCAGUUUUAAGUUCUAAUGUAAUACGAUGCAUGAAUGUUUUCACAUUUUCUGCAUCAAUAGAACAAUAUCUUUGGUUUGAGAUCUGUGCAGUUCACAGGCCCUUUGCUAUGUGCAGUAAUGGGACAUUAACUCUUUCCUUAAUGAUCGUUUAUCAUAGAUCGGGGAAGGGAGUGGUCUCUACCCGACAAACAUCUAUCUCUGUUAAUCUGACUAUGUGGUAGCAAUUAUGGAAACAUCCUUGAGGUGGUGGGGCUAAAAGCUCGCUGCUUUAAGAGUGUGCAACUACAAGCUUCCACAGGACACGGAAGGAGCUUUUAACAGCAUUAAAAGCACUGAGUUCAUUGACCACUGCUUCAAACAUGAGCUGGUUGGACACUGCCAUAAAAUCUGAAAGGUCUCGCAGCUAAAGUGGAAUGGCUUUGCAUGGUUUGCUUAAGAGCUUCUCUGAGUGCAAGAUAGGUGCAACUUAGUAGGCAUACUGAUCAUUUGACUUAAUAAAAAGAUCUACACUUUUUGCGGAGUCCAUUUUUACUUCCAGAAAUGUUCCUGUAUUCAUUUGCUUCUAAAUCUUUGCGGCUGAUAUCUCAUGGAGUAUUCUGAGGACAAAGCUGUGACAUUUUGCCAAAAUGACUAUGCCUUAUGUAGAGUUGCUAACUCUAAAUAUAGAGAAGCCUGGAGGCUAUAUUAGUAAGUAACUGAAUUUUAGCCACAUUUCAUUAAGUCUGACCUAUAUAAAUGGAUUGUG